AUGUAUAGAAACGGUAUCGGAUUCGGAGAUAACGACGCGGGGGUUGUUGCCAAAAUCGAGAACAAUGGACAGCAAUCUUCAUAUGUAGAAGACCCGGCGGUAGAUACCAAGGGACCUCAAAACUUCUUCAUUACCGAUGCUCAAGGAAAUGUAAAACAAGUCUUUCUCGAUAAUACCGGUCCCGCUACUACUGCUCCUCGUGUUCCAAUUCUUCCGGAUGCCCUCUUACCAAUCAAAGCGAUCCCUCCAACUCUCCAGGGAAGAAGAAAAUACAAGAAAGCUAACAAGACGAAAGCCAAGAAAGUUUCACCUCGGACGAAGAUCUCUCUUGAGAAGAAAGUAGAAAUCACUCUCUACCGAGAAGCGAAUCCUCAGUGCAAGAAUAAAGAAAUCGGCCGCAGAUUUGGAAUUACCGGCUCGAGAGUGGAAUCGAUCAUGAGAAGUGUUCGUUUUGGAAAAGCGCGAGUAACUCUACCGGAGAAACUAGAAAUCAUCCAAUUCUGGGAAAAACUAACUGCCACAAAUCAAAAUAUAAGCCGGGCGAAGGUUUCAGACGCAAUAGGCGUAAGCAACGCUGCUUUAGAUACUAUAAUCAGUCAAGCAGACGUGAUCAAACGCGUUUUUGACUCCACAUCCAAAAGCAGAGCCUGGAAAAGCGACAGAUUUGGAGCUGAUCACUGCGCAUUCGAUGCUUCUGAGCAACUCCGUUUCGUAACGAGUUUUCGAGAGCUGGUUGAAACGACCAAGGCACUUCCUCAGUUCAUCACAGCAUCAUUCUUGCAGGAUUCUGAUUCUCAACAAAAAGAAAAGACUGAAGAAGAAGACAAUAUAGAUAUAACUCGUGACCCGACUUGGGUCCCCAAGUGA